AAGACAUUGACAACUGCUCCCAAGCUUUACUUUCACUGGGGUUCCAUCUUUGGACGCUGGACUUUCCAUCAAGAAGAUGUCCACCAAAGCCAAAAUGAGAUACUGGAGCUGGUUCGUUUUGGCAACCUUGCUGUGCCAGGAGUUCUCCCGUUUCCGAGCCGCGGCGGCAAAGAAAGAGCGAAAGAAGGCAAAGGAGCCGAACCAGUACACAGAACCCUUCAACACGACACUCUCCAAUAGUGAAGAACUACACGGACAGUCCAAGAUGCUUGAGUCUCCAGACCCUCGCAUCACCGACCCACGUCGCACAUGGAUUUCAUUUGUACAUCGUCCUGAUGAUGGCAACAACAAAAAGAGAUGCAGAGGGAAAGAUAAGAAAUUACGUGGGCUUGUUGGCCCUCCGGGGCCCCCAGGGCCACCUGGUCCUCCUGGCGCUGAAGUCACCCAGGAAGUCUUGCUGCAAGAGUUCAAGGAGAUGUUGAAAGAAGCUACUGAACGGCGGGCGUCCCCAGCACUGCCAGCCCCUCCCAGUGAGGCACCUCCUCUCCUGCUGUCCCUGGAGGAAAUGUCGCCCUACAAGCGAGUGGAGGAAGCGUUCCACUGUAAGCUCAAGGGGCAGAUCAUCGUGGACAAGAAGACCUUGAUGGAGCUCCAGAACUUCCAGAUGCCUUUGACCAAAGGAGCUUUUCUCCGAGGAUCUGGGUUAAACUUGGCGACCGGACGGUUCACAGCUCUGCUCUCCGGCAUUUAUCAGUUUUCAGCCAACGUCCACAUCGACCACAGCGAGCUGAAAAGCAAACUGCAGCUACGAGCCAGAGACAACGUCCGGGUCCUCAUCUGCAUCGAAUCUCUCUGCCACCGAUACACGUCUUUGGAAGUGAUCGCUGGCCUGGAAAGCAAUAGCAAGAUCUUCACUGUUUACGUCCAUGGAUUGCUGCAGCUACAGGCAGGACAGUACACCUCAAUAUUCAUAGAUAACGGCGCCGGCGCACCGAUCACCAUUCAGAACGGGUCUGAUUUCAUGGGAAUGUUCAUGGGAGUCUAAUCCUGAGUGACCGUCGUUGCCACACAGUGGGGGGAGAAAAAAAGCAUAUCCAAGAACGUACACAUCUGAACUUCGACCCCUCUCCUCUCCCGGAAAACUGCCUUCUCGUUGCCAACGGACUGUGGGCAUUCCUGGCUCUGUCGAGCAAGCGUACCUCCCUUCCGCCAUGGGUGUGACAACAGUCUGAGGGGAAGGGGAAAUGGUGGACCGCUCUAGCCACUGAAUGCAGAACCCAAAUCUGUUUCCCCAUCAUAGAAAUGCCAUCUUUUCUCCCAGAAAAUGUUCAUUUCUGAGAGCCAAGUCUGGAUCCUUUCAGAUUUAUAUAGA